CCCCGCCCUCCCUGCAGAGCCACAGCGGGGGAACCCAGUUUCCGAGGAACUUUUCGCGGGCGUCCGGCCGCCACCGGGGCCAGGACACGACGCCAACGCGCGCAGCGGCGGCAGCGAGUCGGGGCCGGCGAACGCGGCGCUCCCUGCGAAAGUCCGUACGCGGCGGCGGGCCCGGAGGGCCGCCAGGAGGAGGCAACUGCGCCAUGGAUGAGCUGCCGUUCAGCGAAGCGGCCUUGGAGGAGGCGCUGGCCGAGCCUUGCGAGCUGGACGCGGCGCUGCUGACCGAUAUCGAAGACAUGCUUCAGCUCAUCAACAACCAAGACAGCGACUUCCCGGGACUGUUCGACCCACCCUAUGCAGGGGGAAGGGCAGGGGGCACAGACCCCGCCAGUCCUGAGGCCAGCUCGCCGGGCAGCCUGUCCCCACCUCCUGCCGCCAUGAGCUCCCCACUCGAAGGCUUCCUGGGGGGACCCAAGGCGACGCCUCCACCCUUGUCCCCUCCCCAGCCUGCACCCACCUCACUGAAGAUGUACCCAUCUGUGCCUGCCUUCUCCCCUGGGCCUGGUAUCAAGGAGGAGCCAAUGCCGCUGACUGUCCUGCAGCCCCCAGCCCCGCAGCCCCUGCCCGGAUCCCUCUUGCCCCAGAGCUUUCUGGCCCCGGCCGCUCCACAGUUCACCCCUGCCCCCGUGUUGGGCUGUCCCAGCCCCACUGGGGGCUUCUCCACAGGGACCCCUCCAGGGAACACCCCGCAGCCGCCGCUGGGCCUGCCGCUGGCUUCCCUGCCAGGGGUCCCGCCCGUCUCCUUGCACACCCAGGUCCAGAAUGCGCCCCCCCAGCAGCUGUUGACAGCCACGGCCACCCCCACGGCUGCCCCUGGGACAACCACCGUGACCUCGCAGAUCCAGCAGGUCCCGGUCCUGCUGCAGCCCCACUUCAUCAAGGCGGACUCUCUGUUCCUGACGACCAUGAAGACAGACGUGGCAGCCACCGUGAAGGCGGCGGGUAUCAGCUCCCUGGCCCCUGGCACAGCUGUGCAGACAGGGUCCUUGCAGACCCUGGUGAGUGGAGGAACCAUCCUGGCUACAGUGCCGCUGGUCAUGGACACCGAGAAGCUGCCGAUCAACCGGCUGGCAGCCGGCGGCAAGGCGCCCGUCUCGGCCCAGAGCCGUGGUGAGAAGCGCACUGCCCACAACGCGAUUGAGAAACGCUACCGCUCCUCCAUCAACGACAAAAUCGUUGAGCUCAAGGACCUGGUGGUGGGCACUGAGGCGAAGCUGAAUAAGUCUGCUGUCUUGCGCAAGGCCAUCGAUUACAUCCGCUUCCUGCAACAGAGCAACCAGAAGCUCAAGCAGGAGAACCUGAGUCUGCGCACGGCUGCCCACAAAAGCAAGUGUCUGAAGGAUCUGGUGGCGGCCUGUGCCAGUACGGGCAGCACAGACGUGCCCAUGGAGUGUGUGAAGCAUGAGGUGCUGGACACACUGAGCCCGCCGCCCUCGGACGCCGGCUCGCCCUCUCAGAACAGCCCCUUGUCCCUUGGCGGCAGGAGUGGUGGCAGUGGUGGCAGUGGCAGUGACUCGGAGCCCGACAGCCCAGUCUUUGAGGACAGCCAGGUGAAGCCAGAUCAGCUGCUGUCCCCUCACAGCCAGGGCAUGCUGGACCGUUCCCGCCUGGCCCUGUGCACGCUGGUCUUCCUCUGUCUCUCCUGCAACCCCUUGGCCUCCCUGCUGGGCACGCGGGGUCUCCCCAGCCCCUCGGAUGGCAGCGGCACCUACCACGGUCCUGGGCGCAGCACGCUGGGUACUGAGGGCCGAGACAGCCCUGGCUGGGCCCCGUGGCUGCUGCCCCCGCUGGUCUGGCUGACCAACGGGCUGCUGGUGCUGGCCUCCUUGGCGCUCCUCUUCAUCUACGGCGAGCCAGUCACACGGCCCCACUCAGGCCCCGCCGUGCACUUCUGGAGGCAUCGCAAGCAGGCCGACCUGGACCUGGCCCGGGGCGACUUUGCCCAGGCCGCCCAGCAGCUGUGGCUGGCUUUGCGGGCGCUGGGCCGCCCACUGCCCACCUCCCACCUGGACCUGGCCUGUAGCCUGCUCUGGAACGUCAUCCGCCACCUGCUGCAGCGCCUGUGGGUGGGCCGCUGGCUGGCCAGCCGCGCGGGGGGCCUGCAGAGGGACUGUGCCCUGCAGGCGGAUGCCCGCACCAGCGCCCGAGACGCCGCGCUCGCCUACCACAAGCUGCACCAGCUGCACACCAUGGGAAAGUACACGGGAGGGCACCUGGCCGCCACCAACCUGGCGCUGAGUGCCCUGAACCUGGCCGAGUGCGCGGGCGAUGCCGUGUCCCUGGCCACACUGGCUGAGAUCUAUGUGGCUGCUGCGCUGAGGGUCAAGACCAGUCUCCCGAGGGCUUUGCAUUUUCUGACACGCUUCUUCCUGAGUAGCGCCCGCCAGGCCUGCCUGGCCCAGAGUGGCUCAGUGCCUCCUGCCAUGCAGUGGCUGUGCCACCCUGUGGGCCACCGUUUCUUCGUGGAUGGGGACUGGGCCGUGUGCAGUGCCCCGAGGGAGAGCCUGUACAGCUUGGCCGGCAACCCAGUGGACCCCUUGGCCCAGGUGACUCAGCUCUUCCGCGAACAUCUCUUGGAGCGAGCCCUGAAUUGUGUGGCUCAGCCCAGUCCCAGCCCUGGAUCAGCUGAUGGGGACAGGGAAUUCUCAGAUGCUCUUGGGUAUCUGCAGCUGCUCAACAGCUGUUCCGAUGCUGCCGGGGCCCCAGCCUGCAGCUUCUCCAUCAGCUCCAGCAUGGCCGGCACCGUCGGCACAGACCCCGUGGCCAAGUGGUGGGCCUCACUGACUGCCGUGGUGACCCACUGGCUGCGGCGCGAUGAGGAGGCGGCCGAGCGGCUGUACCCGCUGGUGGAACACCUGCCCCGUGCCCUGCAGGAGUCCGAGAGACCCCUGCCCAGGGCGGCUCUGCACUCCUUCAAGGCUGCCCGGGCCCUCCUGGGCCGCGGGAAGGCAGAGUCUGGUCCGGCCAGCCUCACCGUCUGUGAGAAGGCCAGUGGGUACCUGCAGGACAGCCUGGCCACCACACCGGCUGGCAGCCCCAUUGACAAGGCCAUGCAGCUGCUCCUGUGUGACUUGCUCCUUGUGGCACGAACUAGCCUGUGGCGGCGGCAACAGCCGCCCGCGCCCACCCAGGCUUCGCAGGGCCCGGGCACUGGGGCCCAGGCCUCUGCCCUCGAACUGCGCGGCUUCCAGCGGGACCUGAGCGGCCUGCGGCGCCUGGCACAGAGCUUCCGGCCCGCCAUGCGGAGGGCGCGGCGGCGGCGGCGGCGGCGGCGGCGGAGCUGGAGCCGCGGCCCACGCGGAGGGAGCACGCCGAGGCCUUGUUGCUGGCCUCCUGCUACCUGCCGCCGGGCUUCCUGUCGGCGCCGGGGCAGCGUGUGGGCAUGCUGGCCGAGGCGGCGCGCACGCUUGAGAAGCUCGGCGAUCGCCGUCUGCUGCACGACUGCCAGCAGAUGCUCAUGCGCCUGGGCGGCGGGACCACCGUCACCUCCAGCUAGACCCCCGCCGGCGGCCCCAGCGCCCCGGUAUCCUUUGGCCCGUGUGCCGGGCCGGAGCCUCGACGGCCAAAGGCAGCGCCAGAGACCCGGUGUCUACAUGGCCCACCCACGGACUGCACUGCCUCCUGGGGGGAUGGGAGGCACUCGGGCUCUUGCUGCCUCUUGACCUGGGAGGCCAGAGAGGGCCACCCCACACCCCCCUACUGCGUCCGAACCCGAGGAGCGGCGGCCAGCGCGGUGCUGACCUCUGGUGGCCGAUCAGGGAGUUGCAGGGGCCUGGGCGGCCCAGGUCCCUCCUGGCUCUGCAGGCACCCGGUGGCUUUUCCCUCUCCUGUCUCAGAGAGGCACAGUUCCCUGAGCUGAGGCGGGCCGGUUUGGCUUUCCCAGCUAGCAUGGGGGCCCUGCUCCAAGGCGCCUCUCUGCCUUCUGGAGAGACUUGUACAUAGUGUAGAUCGGGCGCACCGGCCUCUGAGGCUCAAGUGUUAACUUUGUCUUUUUGCAAACUUUAUUUUCAUAGGUGAGAAGUUUUGUACAGAGAAUAAAAAAUGAAAUUAUUUAUAA